AUGUCUUUCUCGACAUUCUUCUACGAGCCCUUCUACUCCCUUGCUGACUUUGAUCGCUUGUUCGAUGAUGCAUUCUCUGCGCGCUCCGCAUCCACCGACGACCGCCAAGUUCAGAGAAUGGAAAACACUGCCCCAUCUGCCCGGUCCUUCAGGCCCAAGAUGGACUUGCACGAAGACUCGGAGGCCAACACGAUGAGGGCAAUGUUUGAGCUGCCCGGACUCUCGAAGGAGAACGUGCAGAUCGGUGUGCAGAACGGCGUUCUGAGCGUGGCGGGCGAAUGCAAGGAGGAGGGCGAACGCGAUGAGGGCGGGUAUAAAGUGCGCGAGCGCCGCUUCGGCAAGUUUCAGCGCGCAAUUCCGCUCCCUCAGGGUGUGAAAAGCGAGGAUAUCAAGGCCAAUAUGCAGGACGGUAUCCUCACUGUGACGUACCCAAAGUCGACUCCCGAGACGACGCCAAAGAAGAUCACCAUCUCUUGA